AUGCGUAACGCCGUCAGCCCUGUUUAUGUUGGACUUGCAAUCGUUCCCGAACCAGUACCAGAACCAACUGAAGAAUUAGUGCUGGAUGUCCCCGAAUCUGACUUCGGUGCCGUCAUUAACCCCGUUGUCCCCUCCCCUGUCGUGGUUGGACCUGACUCUGAAGAAAUGAAAUUCUUGCUGUCUUUCGCUGCCGUCAUCGCCGUGGCCGUCGCCGUGCCUGCGCACCGCGGCCUGGUGCCCGUUGGACCCGCUGGCCCCGUGCCAGCUCCUGAGGCCCCUGAGGUCGUCGAGCCCAUCGCUAUCGGACCCGCUAUCAUUGGCUCUUUCGAGCCCGUGGUUAUCGGACCUGCUAUUGUUCCAUCCCCUGAACCCGUUGCCGUUGGACCUGCCUGGGUUGACGCCCCCGAACCCAUCGCCAUCGGACCCGCCAUCAUUGAGAGCCCAGAGCCCGUUGCUGUCGGACCCGCAUGGAUUGACUUCCCCCAUCCCGAUGGUGGUGCUGCCUCUGCCCCCGUUGAGCCCUCUCCCGUGGCUGUCCUCCCCGGCCCCGUGUCCUCUGAAGUUGCUUCUGGUACUCCCCUCGUUCAGAUCAUCCUGAACAUCAACCAGGCUUCUGCUGCCCCUAGCCCCGUCGCUGUUGGCCCCGCUGUCGCCCCUGAGGCUAUCGUGCCCACACCCGUCCACGUCGUGGAUGUUGCCCCUGAACCCGUGCACGUUGUCGAAGUCGCCCCUGAGCCCGUCCAGGUUAUCGAGGCCGCCCCCGAGCCCGUCCAGGUCGUCGAAGCCGCCCCUGUACCCGUUGAGCCCGUCGUCAUCGGAGUCCCCAUCCUCCCCGAAGCCGUCGUCGCUCUCCCCGAAGCCCUGAACUAA